UUUCUUUUUUUUUUUAAUGAUUCAAACAUCGAUUAAAAAAAGACGUGGGAGGCCUCCUCUCUCAACUUCAGCAAAAAUUCGCGCAAUUUUUAAAGUAUGUCCUAUACCACCAACUCAUUUUCAAGAUUUUGCUAAUACUUUCGACCCACAAAAACUUUAUCCUGAACUUUGGGCAAAACGAACGAUCGUUAAAAAAAAGAAGUAUGCACCUAAUGAUAAAUUUGGGAUUCACGAAGAAAUAAAAGGAACUAUUGAACAGAAAGGGCAACUCCAUGAAAAUGCUACAACCAUUGUAGCUACAACAACUACUACUACUCCAGCACCUGUUCGGUUAAAACUAAUUGUACGAGACGGAAACGAAUCUAACAAUCUACCAGUUAAACCACCAAGGAAAAAAAAACCUAAUCCAUUGGAUCAAAAAGAAGAAUGCUAUCUUCUACAUAAAUUACAAUAUUCUUCAAAACCCUUAUCGCCUAAAGCCGCUAGACUAAAGAGAAAGUUAUAUCUACGUAGGCUAAAAAAAGAAAAUGGAUUGAAAAUUUUUGAUAUUGAUGCAAUUGUCACAGAACAUAUGAGGUCUUCUUUACCUCUUGAACCAUUGACGUCCGACGAGGAAGAAGAACCACUUCGUGAGUUAAUUACUGAAACAUCCAUUCACGAUCAAGCAGAAGAAAAGACGAAUUAUAAACAAGAAACUGAAAUUACAUAUACACCUUAUAAAAACUCUUUUGCAUCAAGAUUGUAUGGAAUUCCUCGUUUGGCAACUACCCUUACUGCAGAAGAAGCUUGGACAAGUCCUUUCAAUAGUAGAAAAUUGAAACCAUAUAUUCGCAGGGAUUAUGAAACUAUCCCACAAAAAUUAAGAUUAUUAUGGGACAUCAUCAGAUACCCACACCGGAAUGAUCCCAAUUGGUUGCCGCCACCAGCCAGUCCUAUAGAUUUCUGCUAUUUCCAAAAAGAACAUUUGGAUCAAGUUAAUGAUUUAUUGCAGAAAUGUUUUUGGCCAGGAAUUGACGUUUCGGAAAAUCUUCUUUUCCCUGAUUUUAGUAUAGUUGCUAUGUAUAAGAGACUGGUAAUUGGGUGUGGUUUUAUGACUCCCCAAGCUUAUAUAACAUACAUCGCUGUUGCGCCCGGAUGGGAAAAGUCGGGAAUUGGACAGUUUAUGGUAUAUCACUUAAUUCAGACAAAUAUCGGGAAAGAUGUUACGCUUCAUGUUUCAGCAAAUAAUCCCGCAAUGAUUCUUUAUCAAAAGUUUGGUUUCAAGCCAGAAGAAUUUAUCGUAAAUUUUUAUGAUAAAUACUUACCUGAUGGAAGUUUAGAGUGUAAAAAUGCUUUCUUCGUAAGAUUGAGACGAUAAAUAACUUUUAAUCUCUCCACCAUUUUUUAUUUUUCCAUUUUGCCUUUUUUUCUUCUCUCUCUGCAAGAUAUUUAUUUCUCUCCUCUAUCCAUUCUUGUUCGAAAAUUUUCCAUUCUUGUUGCUGAUCUAUAUCCUGUGAGUUUCUUACAGAUUUACGUAAUCCUGAUGUAUGUGUUGGAAUAAGUUCUUCCAUUUUUUUAUGAAACUCGUAUAGCUUUGAAGAUAAAUAUUUUUGUAUAAUAAUAAUAAUAAUAAUUCAAAA